UACAGUAUUGACCUACUAACACAGAUCUCUCUCUAGCAGCGGUGGCGGCGGCGGCGGCGUUCGCGGCAGCGUUCGUAGAGUCGGCGAGAAGACCCAGUUGCCGCUCCGCCUGACGUACUCACUCGCGCUCCCUCCUCCUCACCCGGGAACUGCUUCUGGCUGCUUCCAGCAGAGGCGGCGGCGCUCCCAUUGAUCAGGGGUCUUCCAGAAGUCUCCCCUCGAGGCUUUCCGGCUCCUCAGCGCCUGGACACUUGGUCAGCCCGCUCGGCCCCCAAAGCGGCAACUGCUGAAGAACGCGGCCAGAUCUCAGAGGGAGCUUCUGGGGAGACGGACACGCUGUCUCACCGCGCUAAAGGAGAUCGCUAAGAUAUAGAUGUAUAGAUGCUGUUGCUGCUGCUGAUAAUGAAUUAAAUUUAUUAUGGCCAUCUACUCUAAAAGACGUAUGACUCCAAAAGUCAGAAGUCCAAAAGACUUAAGACUCCAAAAGACUUAUAGCUGCUGGACCUUUGUGAGGCCUUGAAGAAAUGUUCCUGCAACCGUCCAGAUGGUCAGAGGAGUGAGCUGCAGCUGCCGGACAACAAAUGUUACCCACCCUGUUUAAUAUAUAUGUUUUUAAAGAAGCUUGUCAGAUGGAUCAGCUCAGAGGAACAUUUCACCAAGAUGCUUGAGACUAUGGAAUACACAGAAUAAUGCUUAUGGAAAUAAAAUCAUUGUAUAUAUCAGUUUUUUCUGGUUCAACAAGUUCUGAAAGGUUACUUUACCAUAUUAUUAUUUACAUACUUACUAAAAUUUGCUUCUGAUGCAGCUGAGAAAAAUGCAGUCCAUUAAAACAGAAGAGGCAUCUGCUGAUGCAAACAGCAACAUGGACAAAAUUAUGGUUCUUAAUUCUACACUGACUGAUGUAUCGGAUGACUUAGGUACUGGUGAUGAAAUGUUACUUACAGAAGGAGCCAUUGUAAAAACCAAGGCUUCAGCAUGCCGGAGAAAGCGGGAAUUCAUUCCGGAUGAAAAGAAAGAUGCGAUGUACUGGGAAAAACGGCGGAAAAAUAAUGAAGCUGCGAAAAGGUCUCGUGAAAAGCGGCGACUGAAUGAUCUUGUUUUAGAGAACAAGCUAAUUGCACUGGGAGAAGAAAAUGCCACUUUAAAAGCUGAGCUACUUUCACUGAAGCUAAAGUUUGGUUUAAUAAGCUCUUCUGCAUAUGCACAAGAGGUUCAGAAGCUCAACAAUUCAACGGUUGUUUAUUUUCAAGAAUAUCAGAAUUCCAAAUCAAGCAUUAAUGCUUUCAUUGAUGAACAUGAGCCAACUAUUGUAAGCAGUAGUUGUAUAUCGGUCAUUAAGCACUCACCACAAAGCUCUUUAUCUGAUGUAUCUGAAGUGUCAUCAAUAGAGCAUACUCAAGCAAGCCCUAUACAAAACAACUGCAGAAAUACUGAUAAUAAAUUCCAAAUCAUAAAGCAAGAGCCUAUGGAAUUAGAAAACUAUACAAGAGAUUCACGAGAUGAAAGAGGGUCCUAUACAACAUCAAUGUAUCCAGGCUUCAUGGGAAGCCAUUUUAAUGGCUAUUCACAUUCCCCUCCAUUGUUGCAAGUGAACAGGUCCUCCAGCAAUUCUCCAAGGACUUCAGAAGCUGAUGAGGGUGUUGUGGGAAAGUCAUCAGAUGGAGAAGAUGAGCAGCAGGUCCCUAAAGGUCCAAUCCAUUCUCCUGUUGAACUUAAAAAUACUAAUGCUGUAGUUAAGGUUCCAGAGGUGAGUUCUUCUGCACUUCCUCAUAAACUGAGGAUUAAAGCAAAGGCCAUGCAAAUCAAAGUGGAAACAUUGGAUAAUGAGUAUGAUGCCACACAGAAACUAUUGUCACCUAUUGAUAUGUCAUCUAAAAGGCAUUUUGAACUUGAAAAGCAUAAUGCGCAAAAUUUAGUACAUAGUACUCACACUCCUUUCUCAAUUCAAGUGACUAAUAUCCAAGACUGGUCUCUGAAGCCAGAACACUGGCACCAUCAAAAAGAACUCACUGAAAAAAUUCAGAAUGGCUGCAAAACCGCAGGGCUUGAUGUUAAAGACAAUUCCUACAAAGUGUCUGAGACAGAAAACUUGUACUUGAAGCAGGGCAUAGCAAAUUUGUCUGCAGAGGUUGCUUCACUUAAGAGACUUAUAACUACACAACACAUCUCUGCUUCAGACUCUGGCUAAAUGACUACUGAAUAAAUGCUUAUUAUUUUAAAGGAUGUCAUUGCAGUAGAAUGGUAUGUUUUGUAUUACGCUGAAUUUUCACUGGACUUGGAAUGUCAUUUCACUGUAAUGUUCACAUAAUGUCUGAUGGAUGAUGUCUUUUUGUGCACAGAUGACUGUGGAGAUGAGAUUGUCAAGAUCAACUAGCCUUGUGUAUGGUGAAGAUGCCUGUGUACAUGCUGUAUAUAGUGAACAUUAUUUUUCUGUCAUUCUGUUACUAUAAAGUGUGGAGGUUGCCAGUUCCAAUAAACAAUUGGUGACAAGCACAAA